GCGUAUUGUCUUGCGGUUCUCACGUGUUAGUGCACUUUUCCCGGCCUGAUUUGCUGGCUGUUUAUACCGGAGUACCGGUGCUUGAGUGCGGUGCGGUUAGAUCGAUCAGUCUUUGUCAUCCAAGUGACCGCCUGAUUCGGUGAUUAUCAUUGAUUCUCAGCUAAAAUACGGGUAGUUCUGGUCGGAGCUGGCGGAAGGUCAGUCGGGAAAGCUUAGUGUUUAUUUUAUCAGUGUCUAAUUUGGUCCGGUUGUGGUGUUGGUUUAUUAUGGGAUUGGGACAGUUUUCGCGCGUCUCCUGUCGCCGGGAGACGGUGCCGAGUGCCUAGUGAUGUUCUCUGCGCUCGCAUACCAAUUAUCUACGUCAUUUCUUGAAGAACAAAAGUGCGUCACCAAGUGCCACAGCCCCAGCAUAAUGUCGAAGAAGCCGGGCGCGCAGCCCACGCUGCACAAGGUCAUCAUGGUGGGUUCGGGCGGCGUCGGCAAGUCUGCGCUCACGCUGCAGUUCAUGUACGACGAGUUCGUCGAAGAUUACGAGCCCACCAAAGCGGACAGCUAUAGGAAGAAGGUGGUACUAGACGGCGAGGAAGUCCAGAUAGACAUCCUGGACACGGCGGGGCAGGAGGACUACGCUGCGAUACGAGACAACUACUUCAGGUCCGGGGAGGGCUUCCUCUGCGUCUUCUCCAUCACAGAGCCCGAGAGCUUCGACGCGACGCAGGAGUUCAGAGAGCAGAUCUUGCGCGUGAAGAACGACGAGAAUAUCCCGUUCCUGCUGGUGGGCAACAAGUCCGACCUCGCGGACAAGCGCCGCGUGCCGCUGGACGCGUGCCGCGAGCGCGCCCUGGGCUGGCAGGUGCCCUACGUCGAGACCUCCGCCAAGACCCGGGACAAUGUCGACAAGGUGUUCUUUGACCUCAUGCGGGAGAUCCGCUCGCGCAAGUCAGACGAGUCGCGCGCGCCCAACGGCACGCUCAAGGACCGCAAGCGCAGGAAACUCAAGUGCAGCAUUUUGUAGAGACACCCCCCCCCCCCCUCCCCCCACCACCACACCACCACCCACCAGCCAGAAAUGUACGCGGCGAUGCGUCAUGCUUGUUCGGCUAUCCGCGGAUUUUGUUUACUUGUCUUUAGCUAAUUAAUCAAGGGUCCUUCCGAGAUGAGUUCGCUACGUGAUGCGUAGUUGUAACGUGUUCAGUCACACACUGUGUGACUUGUAAUGCUCUGAAUUGUAACCAAUAAUAUAUUUGAGUGAAUAAUUUUACGACUAGGUGAAAUAUAAUAAAAUCUUGAGCUUUUUUUUUAAAAAAAUAAAUACAUAAACCCCGAUAUUGUUCGAUUCUGUUAAAGAGAAAGAUUUAUACAUUUACGUGGAUAGCGAAGGGAUAAGCCGCGAUGUACUAGAAGUAAGCUAUGGCUAUGUAAAAAGUAAUUUGAUAUUCGCCCAUUUUGGUGCUGGCAUUUCUCCCGACCGCGGCGCAGCGCGCCGAUGUGUUGCGUUGCGCUGCGCCGCGGGCGGGCCUUGUUAUAAGCUUCGCUUGCACGUUAUUCGUCUACUCCCGCAGACAAUAACAAAACAUUGGCAUAGAAACUUAUUGAUAUCUUUUUAAUUAAUGUUCUCGAAUAUUUUUAAGCCAGUAAAUAAUUUUUAUUUAAGAAGAAAACGUUGCACCAUAAGACAUCUUAUGGUUUACAAAAAUAGUUGACAUCAUUAAUUUACUUAAAACUAAGUUCGCCCACCUACAGAGCGCAAGUAGAUUUUGGAGCUAGUUUUACACAUAAUCGGUUCCAUAUAUUAUCAUUGUCUAAUAUAGAAUGUUGUAUUUUUGUGAUAUUUGUAUUAGUCGUUAAGUUUCUAUGUCAAUAUAACUGCAGACAUACAGACAGCACUCUGAAGCAUGGACGCUAAUGUAAGUUUUGUAUUUAUUCUAAAGUAAGCGCUAAAUGUAAUGUGUAUGCUGGUUGGAAUGUACGCGACAGCGCGGUAACACUUGUGUAACAUUAUCAACUUUACAUAUUAUUAGUCAACGAAUAUUGUUGUAAAAAAUUGUAAAAUUUAUAAAAUAAAUGGUGUUUCCGCGUUGACGCCUAAUCGUGAAGUCUGCACUGUAGGUCCAUGUUUGUUUAUGUAUUGUCCCUUCUUCUUCCCCACCACGACAGCACAUGAUGUACAAGAUCAAAAUAAAUCGUUAAUGCUUUAAACUCAGUAUUAAUUACAAAAUGUUUCCCUCAUGUCAGGGAUUUAUGCUGUGUUAGUUUCUCAGUAAACUUACUCUAAGGUUUCUCAUGUACAGACAGACUUGUUUCACUAGUAAGAGUAACAUUUUAUAUCAAAAUAUAAUAAAGUGUAUUGUAUUGGCGAGAAACAUGUUUUUACCCCCAAGAAACUUAAGCAUUCUGAAUUAAAUGAACUAUUUGAAGGACUUUUCUUUCUUCAUUUCAAUGUUACACUGUCGUGGUCUCGGGAUGUCACAACUUCAUUUAUAUUUUAUAUUUAAAUUGUAUGUGCUCAUUUUUUACUCGUAAUUGUAGUCAUGUCACUGUAUUGUUAAUUUAUUUGUUCGUUCUAGGUGAUUGGAAAUUUCAAGGGGACGUUGUAUUGCAUAAUGUAUAAUAGCGACAAAAAACGUCGCGGACGUUUAUUUCUCGUGAACUUAGAAUUGCCCUUACAACAAACUUUUCGAUUUCUUAAGAAUAAUCUCGUGAGAAAGGGCAUUAAUAAAUUAUUGCAUUUUUUAGCAAUCAUCAUAAAUCUCGUUUCAACAAUACAGCGCCCUCUUGCGGCCGGCUAGUUGUACUACCGGCUUUAGAUCUGUCAAAUUUAUUUAUUGAAAAAUGUAUGCGAGAUAAUUAUUAUUAUUUACAUUUCGUAUAUUUUCGGCCACAUAACGGCCGGGCCGUUAUCGCGUAAGUCGAUGUUAGGACUCAGCUAGGCAUAGACUACUCGCAUGGGAGUUUGCUUCUCGAAAUAUAAAGGUUCUGACGAUCUACACCACUCUGACUCGGAUCGAAAUAUUGGACUAUGUUCGAAUUUCAUUGAUCUGAUCGACCUUUACUCUAUACAAAAUAAAAUCAAAAAUGAAUCUACGAUUUAGUUCCAGUUUUUAACAUAAAUCAAUAUUUCGAAACUAGUCUUAGUUGCUUAAUAUUAUAUAAUGUGCUAAUUAAAGGACAAGUUGAUAUUAUUAUGCGAUCUCGUCAACCUUGCAAAUACUUAUUAAAUUAAAUGAUUAUAAAUAUUAUAAUGGAUUUGAAUGAAAACCGCCACGCGAUUCAGUGACUUUCGAAUAUAGAAUUUCGAAUGUGGUUAUCAUGUAGCAUAAUACAUAAACAGGUUAUAUAAUUGUGAAUAAGUCAGUUCGUACUGCCAACGUUAUAUAAAUUAUAAAUAGGGUAAACGUUUUGUGUAUGUAUAAACUGUAGUCUCAUUCGUUCACUUGCAAAGCAGAUAUUUUGUGAUUAACGUUUAUAUGUUAACAGGGAAAUAGAGUAUUUUGUAUGGAGCAUUUAUACGUUUCACUGCUGUACUAGACUAUGUAUAAGAGAAACUGGGAAAUGAGAAAACAAGAAGUCAACACAACUACUACAAACGGGAGUCCAAACUGCGGCACAAUAAGCCCGCUGCUAUUUCUAUAAAAAAAUAUUAAGUACAUCACAUUAAACUAUUUUGAAAGGCUUUGUCGAGAUAUAUAGAGACUCAUUCCUAAAAGAACCGAGUCUCGUUUUAUUGUAAUUCCAAAACUGUAUCAUUUUAGCACAGCAGUGGACGUAGACGCUGGUGCCCAGCGUUUUCUACUCAUGUACUGAAUCCUAUAGGUUAGUUUAGUUCACGCGUACGACGUACGGCCACUAGAGGAGGUGAAAAUACAGAAAUAUACUGAUUUGCAAA